CAACUCCACAAAUCUCGUGAAACGUACAUCGAGCAUAUAGAGGUUUGAUUCGAUUGUGAUCGCAGCUUGCCACCGACUGAUUGGCCAACAACGGUUGAGUCCCUCCCUCCAGGCAUGACAGUAGGGUAAUACUGUCCUAAUAUAGAGAUUAUUGUUGAGCCAUAGAUUAGUUGCACAAUGCAACUAGAGUAAUUAACUAGAUGUGGUUUGACAAAACAUGAUAGCGCAUGCAGUGGAUAUUUAGGUGGGGGCAGGGGGAAUAUGGUUUGUGAUUUUGAGCGUUCUCCAUUGAAGUGCAAAGUUGGAAUCGAACCAUGGAGCAAAGAAGAACACAAUUAUGGAAUUUUGGCUAUGUAUAGAAACGGUUUCAAGCUACCUACUUUGGAGGCCUAUUCGAAACGAUUGGGGAGCAUACGAAGAGAGCUGUGAGUUGGGAUUGAAAGUAUGAGACUCACUGAAGAACGUACUGGAGUCGGUUGAGCUAAAGGGUACCUGGAAGCCUUUGAAAGAAGGGCUCAAAGUGGCUAUGGAGCUCGAUUGAAUCACUCCUCACCCUAUAUCGUCCAGGUAAUUCCCGACGGAGUCGAUUGGAUCGAGCUCCUACAAUAUAGGGGUGCCCUAGGUUGAAUAGAGCACCACCCGUCCAUCGCUUCACCGUUCUGGAUCCAUCCCGAGGGCGUUCAUCUUCUAAUAGUAGGGCAUUGAUUCGAUCGAGCUAGGAGGAUACCCAACAUCGAUCCUACGACGGAGCUAGGAGGAUUCAACCCAAAGAGCUCCCAAACUUGUAAAUAGCUAGGUUAGUGGUUAGCUAGGUUAGUUUAAUUCUCUUAAUCUCUAUCCUAGGUUGGCUAGAUAAUGAACCCUAAACCUGAAAUAGGGUAAGCCUAGAUCCCCGUGGUACGGUAAAUUAUUAUUGCUUGCUUGCCCUAUGCUACACAUGGUUGGCGGUUAUACUUGGUCGUCGAUCGGGUGUUGUAGUUGGAACGAGUCAAGUUUUUGGCGUCGUUAUCGGGGAGCCAUUCUAGGUUAUUUGAAAAAGGGUUAGGUCGUUACUUUAGCCGUUUGUGUUUGCAUUUUGUCAUGAGUUUUGUUCACCCACUCUUCACUUGAAGGGUGGUCUGCGUUUGUUUGAUUUUGUUUUUGUGUUUUUUGGUGUUUGUAGGUUGAAUCAUGGAUCCCAAUGGCUUCUAGAACAUGUGGGGGUAUCCACAACCACCCGAAUGUGGGUACUCCGGAGCUUCAUGGAGUAGCCAAGAGGGUGGAAGCCAAGGAACCGGGUUCUAUGAUCAACCUCCCUUCCAAGAAGAACAACCAUACCAUUGGGGAUAUGAAGAAGCUUCCCCAUAUCAAGAAGAUUUCCUUCCACAACCUGAGGAGAAAUCUAAGUUGGAGUUGGCCAUGGGGGCUUUCAUGAGACAUUCUUCAAGACCAUGCGCCACUCCAAAAUUGUUGCCAAAGAGCGAGUUGGAGCUCAUGGUGGAGCGGUUUGCUCGAGGCACCGAUGAAGGGUGCUCAAAAUUGGAUCCCCCACAACCCGAAGAGAAGUCUAAAUUGGAGCUUGCCAUGGAGAAAUUUGAAAGACCGAGCUCUAACACGGAUUUCCAACCCCUCCCUCCACCCGGAUUGACACUUGAAGAGAAGGUGACACGAGCUUGUGCAAGCUAUCGCCUCUCAUCAUUGGCAGAGAAAGAGGAGGUUGAUGGAGCGAUCAAUGACAACCAUGUGGAGCAAGACGAACUCACCCCAGAGAGCUCCCGUGGUGAGGAUGAACAAAAAGGUUCCAUUGACGACUUUCACCACUUUCCCCUUCCCGCGAGCAAAUUUGAAGACCAAGUCAAGAGUGUAGAGGAGAAAGAGAAUCCUUUAUAUGAUCUUGCAUGGCAUCUUACCCUCCAUACCGUGCUUGACGACAUGAAUGGGAAGGACAAGGAGGAGGUUGAAGAGGAAAAAUGGAGCGUUGAAGAGGAGGAAGGUCUUGAUUCUUCCCAAAGGGAGGAAAUUGAAGAAUAAAGAAGGGAGGUUGCGGUAGAAGUAGAAGUAGCAAGUGAGGUCCAAGUUGAGGACGAGGUCGCGGUGGAUGAAGCAUCCACAAGUUAUAAGUACUAUCACGACUUUCCACCCAACCUCGACGCAUUACUUGAGAAGGACCCAUUGGCGUCGCUUUGCCAAGCCAAGGCCAAACCAUCGGUGAUCCCUCUUGGUGGAUGCGGUAGAAGUAAAUCAAGUUUGCAUUACAUGGUGUGGGGAAAAGAGAAGGAAGAUGAAGGAAAGAAUGAGAGGUCUCGUGGGUAGAGCCUCAUGACAACUCAAGUUCACGAGCCCUCAAUCAUGGAUUCGUCCAAAGCUCGUGACUUGAGACACCACCUCACCGACGAGAAUCUCAACUUCAAGGAGGUUCUUGGGUAGACCGAAACUUGAGGAGAAAACAUCCGGCUCACGACGUUAAAGAAGCGCUUGGUGGGAGGCAACCCAACCAUCAUCGGUUUGCAUCUCUUUUCCUUUUCAAUAAGACGACCAUUGGAGAGAUUUUGGUGGUGUUUUGCGGUCUCCACGCUCUUCCGGAUCUCACCCGCCCUCCACUCCUGAACACCAACAUUCACCACUAUCCGGUAACAUCGUUCUACCUCCUUAUUUUACGGCAUUUAGGGCAAUGUCGAGCUUAAGUGUGUGUGUGUGGGGGGGGGGGGGGGGGGGGGGUAGUUUAUUAUGCAUGUUGUGUGAAUGUUUGGUGUGAUUUUGAAUGCUUGAGCCUAGUUGUAUGCCCAAAUUUUUAAAAUUUGAGGGCUCCAAGCAUAACAACUUCUAUGUUUGUGUGAUCAUAGUGGCAACUUUGGUGAUUUGUUUUGAAUCUCGUUGUUAUUAGCAUUAUAUGUGGAUGAUCUGCUUGUGAUUGUGUGCAACCUAUGAUGAUGAUUGAGACUUGUAUUAGGUUUGUGCAUAGGUUCAUUUCUCAAGUGUUUGUGAUAGAUGUUUUGAAUAGAUUACUCUCUUUUCACAGUUUCCUAUACAUCGAGUUUAGGGAGUUAGAACGAAUGAUUGAGCACCUAGGUAGCCAUGUUAGACUUGUGUCGUUCAUUUCGUUCUUGUGCGAUAGUUACCCCUUUACAUGAUGUGUAGCGUUCACGUUGUUGCUAGCGAGGAAGAUGGAGGCAUAGGAUUAGUCCACGACCCAAAAUGUUGAUUGUCCCGAUCGUAUCAUCCCCUAGUCAACCCCUUUGAGCUGUGUGUCGAAGGAUCGUUCUCAUUUUAGGUAGCUCUCGCUACUUGAGCUUGAUUAAUUUAGAUAGAACGAACCUACUUUCUUCGAGACUAUACCAUUAUGGUGUCACCCUUGUGUUUGGAAGCUCUAUUCAUACCAUUUGAGCCUAAACGAGGUUCCACAUGAGUGAUUUGUGUAUAUUUUUGCUAAGAAUGUGAAGUGAGUGUGGAGGUAGUUCGUAAAAGUGAGCAUUGUUCCUUAUGUAAAAAAAAAGAGUGGCAUGUUCUCUCUAUAGCCAUCAAAGAAAAGAGUAAAGAAAAGAAAACGAAAGGAAAGGAAAGGAAAGGAAAGGAAAAAGAGAAAAAGAAAUAAAUAAAAGGGAAAAGAAGAAAAGAGAGUGUCCACCAAAAGUAUAAUAAAUGUUGAACAUGCUC